AAGAGCUCUUCUACCACCGUUGUGGGCGAUGUAGAGGAGGGUCGUUUAGUUGGUGACUCUAGAAAGUAGAAAGACAGUGGGAAGCAAUGGUUCCGCGGGCAUGCGUUUCCCAGCCGGGAGGGUUAAAUAUCUUGUGCUCAUGAAAAAGAGGAAAACGCUAGUAUCCAAAUAAAAGAAUUUUUCCUUGUUGUUGCUGCUGUUUGGAAUCUACAAGCCAAAGAAUUGGAAGACAAUAAAUUUACUUGAAUUGUAAAUAAGCAAGUCUUUUGCAGUCUGGCAAAAUGGCUGAUAGUCCAAACUGUGAUUUGAAAUCUCUCAGUCCGCUCCAGCUGUUUGAAAGAGUAACUGAACAAGGAGAGAAAGUCAGAGCACUGAAAGCAGGAAAAGCACCAAAGGAUGAAAUUGAUGCAGCAGUGAGGAUGCUAUUAUCGUUAAAACUGUCAUAUAAAUCAGCAACAGGACAAGAUUAUCAGGCAGGCUUGCCUCCAAGAGAUCUUGUAUUAAUAAGCAAUGGAACAGCUAAAGAAGAGGAUGAAGAUUUUGUGGACCCCUGGACAGUGCAGACUUCAAAUGCUAAAGGCGUGGAUUAUGAUAAACUCAUAGUUCGGUUUGGCAGCAGUAAAAUUGACACCGACCUGAUCAAUCGAAUAGAAAGAGCUAUUGGGCAAAAACCUCACCGCUUUCUACGUAGAGGAAUCUUUUUUUCUCACAGAGAUAUGGACCAAAUCCUUGAUGCUUAUGAAAAUAAGAAGUCCUUUUACCUUUAUACAGGCAGAGGGCCGUCCUCUCAGGCAAUGCAUGUUGGUCAUCUUAUCCCAUUUGUGUUCACAAAGUGGCUGCAAGAAGUAUUUGAUGUUCCCUUAGUUAUACAGUUAACUGAUGAUGAGAAAUAUCUAUGGAAGGACAUGACAACUGAGAAGGCAUAUGAGUAUGCUAAAGAAAAUGCAAAAGACAUCAUUGCAUGUGGUUUUGACAUCAAUAAAACCUUUAUAUUUUCUGAUUUAGACUAUUUGGGGACAAGUACUGGAUUCUACAAAAAUGUUGUCAAAGUUCAGAAGCAUGUUACAUUUAACCAAGUGAAAGGAAUCUUUGGCUUUACAGACAGUGAUUGCAUUGGAAAGAUCAGCUUUCCUGCUAUUCAAGCCGCUCCAUCCUUCAGUUCAUCAUUUCCACAGAUAUUCAAUGGCAAGGAGAACAUUCAGUGUCUUAUCCCAUGUGCUAUCGAUCAGGAUCCUUAUUUUAGAAUGACCCGGGAUGUAGCACCUAGAAUUGGACAACCUAAGCCAGCCUUACUGCAUUCAGUCUUCUUCCCAGCCCUACAAGGAGCACAGACAAAAAUGAGUGCUAGUGACCCUAACUCCUCCAUCUUCCUCACAGAUACACCCAAACAAAUCAAGACAAAGAUUAACAAGCAUGCCUUCUCAGGAGGCAGAGAUACCAUUGAAGAGCAUAGGAAGUACGGAGGUAACUGUGAUGUUGACGUGUCUUUUAUGUACCUGACUUUCUUCCUAGAAGAUGAUGACAGGCUUGAACAACUGAAGCAGGCAUACACAAGUGGGGAAUUGCUCACAGGGGAGCUGAAGAAGGUACUCAUUGAAACACUGCAGCCCUUGAUAGCAGCUCAUCAAGAGAGACGGAAGCAUGUCACAGAUGAAAUGGUGAAGCAGUUCAUGACUCCUCGGAAGCUGGCCUUUGAAUUUUGAAGAAAUGUGUAUGUAACUUAUCACCUGAUAAAACCAAGAAUAACUGUUGUCUUCUGUUGUAUGUCAUCACUCCCUACUUACGUACAGCCUGCAAUCAGUGCUUUAUAAAUACUGCUGUUAAUGUGUUAAUUAACGUGUAUGUCAGAGUACAGGAAAAGUUUAAAAUAGGAACUUGUAUCUAUUUAAAAUCAGAAUACACAAGCUAGAAUUGCCCAAUCUUGCAGAAAAGCAUGUCUUUCAGCACAACAUUGUUAUUUUAUUGUAUUUCAUGUUGAAAAUAUAAAAUAAAAGUUCCAUUUUGAUGAUAAAA